AUCACAGCCACCGGUGCGUGGCCCAUCUCCAAUUCUCCAGUUGCUUCCUUUUCGUUCCCCUCCGCGGCUUCACCCCGUGUCCCCGUCACUCUCCGGCCAGCGCCUCCACUCCACUCCCCUCCCCACACUCCCCCGCGUCUCCAGCGCCGCCGCCGCGGUAAUGUGACCUCGCGCGCGGCACUCCGGGAUUAUCUAGGAAGAGCACGAGGAGGAGGCGCCGAUCUGUAGGGCUCGUUGUUAGUCAUCUCGACCAAGGGACCGGUGAAGCUCGGCUGUGGUUUGGACUGGUGACGUAUCCAGUCAACUCUAGACAUCUUUUGUCGACUCAUCAGGAAAAAUGCCUGAUAUCCAGUUAGGGUGCCACACUAUAAGGUCCCAUGGAACCAGUGUGGCAAGACUCCACAUGUAUGACUGGAUAAUACUUCUCUUUCUUGCUGUUGUUGAUGGGCUGCUAAACAUAAUUGAGCCUUUUCACCGCUUUGUUGGACGUGACAUGAUGACAGACUUGAGAUAUCCACUAAAGGGCAACACAAUUCCAUUUUGGGCCGUUCCACUUAUUGCAAUUGUGCUGCCCUGGGUUGUCUUUGGUGGAAUUUACUUCAAAAAGAAAAAUGUCUAUGAUUUACACCAUGGCAUACUGGGGAUUCUAUAUUCGGUACUUAUAACUGCUGUGAUUACUGAUGCAAUUAAGGAUGGUGUUGGUCGUCCUCGCCCAGAUUUCUUUUGGCGUUGUUUCCCUGAUGGAAUACCUAAGUUUGAUAAUGUCACUACAAAUGUCAUAUGCCAUGGAGAAAAGAGUGUUAUCAAGGAAGGCCACAAGAGCUUUCCAAGUGGGCAUUCUUCAUGGUCUUUUGCUGGUCUAGGUUUUCUUGCGUGGUACUUGGCUGGUAAACUUAAGGCUUUUGAUCGCAAAGGCCACAUUGCAAAGUUAUGCAUAGUAUUUCUGCCUCUACUUGUUGCGUCCCUUGUGGCAGUCUCUCGAGUUGAUGAUUACUGGCAUCACUGGCAAGACGUAUUUGCAGGUGGCAUUAUAGGUCUUACGGUUUCUUCGUUUUGUUAUCUGCAGUUCUUCCCAUAUCCAUUUGAUGCUGAUGCUGUAUGGCCCCAUGCAUACUUCCAACAGCUAGCUGACACACAAAGCAACGGCAUUGCAAACUCAUACAACAUGGGACCAACAGACAUUGAGAUUGCUGACGAAGGCCAUGGUGCCAUUUCCCUGAGAGACACCAGUCCUAUUUUAGACACGAUGGAGUCUGGUAGGAGAGGCUGAAACAUGAGGCGACAAGUAUCUUGAUGUUGUGUGGAUUCUUCGGCCUUUCUGAGUUUUAAGUUCUACAACAUGACUAGUUCGUACGGUUCCCCCAUUUCCAUGUACAUUGCGCAAGAAUAGGUAGAGUUUUGCCAGGUAGAAUUGUGCUUGUCAUCUCAGGUGAUCGUCUCAUCAUUGAGAGUUCCUUGCAACUCGGUGCUGGCCGUUAUAUGCUGACUUAAACUCGUUGUGGGUGUUGGCUGUAAAUUACAGUGGGAGUUUGCACUCUUAAUCAUAUUCCACAGUCCUCUUUGUUACCCUGCUGAUGUACCUAUCCUACGCUCUGGUUGUGCUGAAAUUGGUCCCAAUGUAAAUUACAAAUGUUGCUGAUUUGUCUGAUCCAGUUUAUUGCAGUUUUAGUUGCUC